AUGUUCAACUGGUUCAUCUACAUCACAAUUUUCUCAUUUGUGUUGUUUUUCGCACUAUGUAAUGCGGAGACGAUCGACAUGGCCGAACUUGAGCGCAUCUUCCGAUUGAACCCCUCAGCACGAGCUCGUUUUCAAGAGAUUUUCGGAGCUGAUGGGUUGAGUGGCGUGGACUCGGCUCGACUGUCAAAUUUGCAACGUCUUGGAUGA